AUGGCAGGUCCUGUUGGAGAUGUCCGCACGAUGUCUCCACAGGAGACCGCGCAAUGGUGUAACUCCUUAGCACUCUGUGGGGUCAAAGGCCGCAUUCUGCGCGAACUCCAGGAGCAGAUCCAGAAGAGGCAGAUCGAUGGCCUGCUUUUUGACAGGAUGCUCAGGAGCAACACCCUCACGGACCUGGGGAUUGAGGAGCUCAAUGCGCGUCGCGCGCUGGCUAUCCGGAGAAGUUGGACGACGGACUUCAACGGCGUGAACUUCAUCGACUAUGCUGCCAGCCAGGCUCACUUCCAAAGCCGCCUUCCCGACGACGAAGUCCGAAGACAGAAGCGCGACUUCUUGAGCCAGAUGCACGUGGACACAGCACUAGAUCCAGA